AUGGAUUCAUCUGCCUAUGGCAGAGUUAUGCUCUUCUUAUGUUUUGGACUACUUUUACCAGCCGUUAACACCAGUCCAGAAGAUUAUAACCACUUUGUUUACAAACACUGUGCAAACCAGACAUUCACAGACACUACUUCGUCUGUUCCACCAAUACUUUCAUCUCUUUUCCAAGAACUCGUCUUGCAGUCAUCAAAAUUCAAGUUCUUUGAAACCAAUGUAGGCGAUGAUCAAACCGCCAUAUUGGGCCGCUUUCAAUGCAGAGGUGAUAUUAGCAAUGAUGAGUGUCACAACUGCGUGAAUUCACUACCAAAAACAUCAAACAGUUGGUGUGGAUAUUCGGUUCGGGCUCGGGUUCAGCUUUCUGGGUGCUACAUACACUACGAGGCGGAUGGCACUGAGACGUCUCGGCUUCAAUUGUUUCACAAUACCUGCAGUGAAUCGAGUGCGACGUCGAGUGGGUUUCAAGAGCUGAGAGAUGAAGCUUUUGCAGCACUUGAAAGCUGUGUUAUGAAUGGUAAUGGGUUCUGUGAUAUGAAUUAUGAGUCAGUUCAUGUCACUGCGCAGUGUGAGGGGAACUUGGGUGCUUGUGAUUGUGAGCAAUGUGUUGUCAGCGCUGCACAAAUUGCUCAGCAUGAAUGUGGGAACUCUGAUUCUGGUCAUAUCUAUCUGGACAAUUGCUUCAUUAGCUAUAGCAAUUAUUAUAAUGGCAUGGCUGGCAACUCAUACCCAGAGAAAGGAACAGGAGGCAGUUCAGGGAAAUUGGCAGCGAUUGCCCUGGGCGGUAUAGCUGCUUUGUCAUUUGGAAUAGCCUUUUGUUACUGUAUAAGAUACCGGAGCAAAAGUGAUGGUAAGUAA